AUGAGCUCUAUGACAAGAAUCGACCCACAGCACAGCUUCUCUGCCCCAAAGAAAUUCAGCACCCAUGAAAGGCCAAUUUUCGAUUUCACAAAUGCCAAGAUUUCUCCUGGAGCAUCUCCAUCUCUGUUUGUAGUGGAGAAUAUCCCAAUUGACCACAGCUCUCAAAAACAGCCUAAAAAUGUUUUUUUCAAUUCAGCUAUUCCUAUCCCUGAAUUAAAAAUUCUAGGCGAUAUUGAUCAAAUUGAUGAAGAGUCAGAGGAAGAGCCUGAAAGCCUACUCAGCUGGGAAAUCAAUCGUAAACGCUUGGAUCAGUGGAUUUCUAAGAGCUGCUCUGGAGUGCCGAGUGACCCCGUCAAGUUUCAUGAGGAGAUGAAAAAGCUAAAAUCACAGAAGCUUAUAGAUCCAAUGCCUUUGCAGCUGACUCCUCCACCCCCAGGCUUUGAAAACGUAGUCAAGCUUAUGAGCAAGGAUAAGAUUCAGGAAGUAAAAAAUAUAUCGCGAAGGAUUAAUAUUAAAUUUUUAUAUCAUAUUAUAAAAAUAAUAAAAUUCAAUUGAAAAUUCUAUACGACCAAAGUGAAUAAUAUGACAGCUACUUAUAAUAUAAAAAAAAUCGCAAAACCUGAAGAGGAAAAAAAGAAAUUCAGCUGGGCUGACCUUUCGAGCGACUCUGAUUUCACACCUACUCCUGUAUCUAUAAUUAAAAAGACUGAGAAAACACCAGUGAAAAGCAUAGAAAUUGAGCAAGCUCCUAUAAUUCUGAAAAGUCCUCCUCAAAAGGUUGGAUUAGUAAAGAGAGAAAAAAGAGGACAAUUUAAUGAAGAGGAAGUGACACAAGGAAAAUUCACAGGAAAAUUAAAAUUUUAUCAAUUAAAAAAGAGAUUUGGGUUUAUUACUCUUGAUACAGAUCAAGCAGACAUAUUUUUAUGUGAAGAUGAUUUACUACUAUCUGGAAUCAAUCAUAAGAAAUUCAAAGAAAGUAUUAUCAACAAGCAGCCGCUCUCAUUCAGAUUUCACAUCAAAAAAUACAUCGAAAAUGGGAAAGAAAAACGCAAAGCAAUUGAUAUUGAAGUCUUUGAUUGUAAACAAUAA